AUGGGGCUGGAGAACCACACAGUGGUAACUCAUUUCAUCCUCUUAGGAAUCCCCAACACCGAUGGCUUCGAGACCAUCCUUUUCUUCACCUUCUUAGCCUGUUAUCUUUGCAUCCUGCUGGGCAACUUGCUCAUCAUCUCAGCUAUCCUCGCUGACCGCCGCCUGCACACCCCCAUGUACUUCUUCCUCUGCAACGUUGCUGCGCUGGACAUUGGCAUCUCUUCCAUCAGCAUCCCCAAAUUGCUGGACAACCUCUGGGCCAACAGUAAAAUCAUCUCACUGGGCGGGUGCAUGGCCCAGGUCUUCUUCUUCCACCUUCUGGCCAGCACUGAAAUUCUGUUCUUCACCAUCAUGGCUUUUGACCGGUACAUGGCCAUCUGCCACCCACUGCACUACCUGCUCAUCAUGAAUCGCAGGGUGUGCACCCUUCUAGCCACUGGCACCUGGAUCGUCUGCUCCUUCGAAGCCAUCAUCGUCACCAGCCUGACCUUCACGCUGCCCUACUGCGGGUCCAACGUAGUGGAUUAUUUCGUCUGUGACAUCUUCCCCGUGGCCAAGUUGGCCUGUGCAGACACGUACAUCUUGGAGACAGUGAUCUUUAUCAAUAUUGGGGUGGUGCCCAUGAGCUGCUUUGUCCUCAUCCUCACGUCCUACAUCCGGAUCAUCUCCUGCAUCCUGAAAAUGAAUGCGGGGGAAGGGCGUCGCAAAGCGGCCUCCACUUGUGCCUCCCAUCUGGCUGUGGUCACCAUGUUCUUUGGGCCCUGUGCUUUGAUAUACACUCACCCAGAGAUGAGCAAAGUGCUGGUGACCCCUGUGAACAUUUUUGGCAAUGUGGUCACGCCCAUGCUGAACCCGGCCAUCUACACGCUGCGCAACAAGGAGGUGAAAGCGGCUCUGAGAAAACUGGGAGGGAGUCAGAGGCCUGCAGGUUGA